AAAAAACUACUGACACUGUUUGGAGUGAUAUAAGCAUUUAUUUAAAUAGUCUUAUGAGUAAAAGUGCUAUUCACACUUUUGUGUAUAAGGGACGCCAUGAGAUAAAAGAAAAGCUCGGAUUUUGUUCUAGUCCCAAGAUUGAUCCACCAGAAGCCAUCUUUAAUUCUUCCACAGAAUAUGGUAGUUCGGAUGAAAAUUCCAGCAGUAAUCUGGAUUUUCCUAGAAGAAAAUUUGUGGUAACUUUUUCUUCAGAAGAAUGGAAAAAAAUAAAACCUGAUGAUGUGCAAUACAGACUGCAUGAUAAAAAACGACCAUCACAAAGUUUUAAAACGUACUAUGCAUUAACCAAAAAUCAAUGGACACCUAUUUUGGCUGAACAUUUUUGGGUGCAUACACAACUUCCAUGCUGCUUAUCAUUCCGCAAAGCAAAUGUUCAUCCACAUGGAACAAACUUUGUGACCGUAUUUGGACGAUGUAGUGUAUGCAGCUCAUGCUUUAAAGGGAUUAUUUCUGAAAAACCAUUAGAUAAUGAAAAGGUAUUAAUGCAAUGCACGUAUACGGGGAAUUUUGACAUGUUGCACGAGCCAAAUAAAAAACGCCGUUUGUUGGGAACAGCAAAGGAAAAAGUAAUAACAGCCAUUGUUCAAAAAAAUAUGUCUAGCGCCACACAUCGUGAAACAGAAGCUGUACGACUGAUGAAAACAGGUGAUUUUAGUCCGUAAUAAUAAGUAUAAAAAAAAAUCCUUUUCAGGAGGAGGGUGUUGGAGGGGGAGCGUUAAAUUUGAAAAACUACAAUUUUAUUCACCUCAAUCUUUUGUAACGUUAGGUUAGUAAAAAAAAUUAAAAUCGUUAUUUUAGAUUAGUAGUGAAGCGAUUCAUUUUACAAUGAUGUUUUUUUUACGUCUGUGAACAAUUUUUAGAGCUGUUAUGCUUGAGUCAUCGACUUAGGACUUGUUCUGUUAGGAAAGUGAAUGUUUGUUCUUUAAAAAGAACAGAAAUGCAUCCUAAUACCCAAGGAUGGGCAAGUUAACGAUUUUUUUUAACUUGUUAAGUUAAGUUAUUUUAAAACAAUAAAGUUGAGUUA